AUGAAAAAAAAUCUGAACUGAACAGAACUGGUGAAAUAUCCCACUGUCAGAUCCUGCAAGUGUCAGAUUGCAUUAAAAGCCGGGGUCUGUGGUGUGAUUAAACGGGCUUCAGCUGAAUGAAUGGCUCCUUAGCAUGCAGUGUAGGACUGCUGAGCUACUCUAAGAGCUGUGGCUGGUUCUUUUGUCCUGCUGUUCGCCCUCCUCCCUGACCUCCUCUUCCUUCUCCGGCUCUGGAGAGGAGGCGGGGCUUCAAACUUUCGUUCCUGGGAGAAAGUUUUGUUCUGGGCUGAGGACUGGAAGCUGCAGCCCGGAGAACCAGCAGCUCUGGAGCCCCCAGAAGCUCCCAGCUCACUGACCCAGCAGCACCAGCUCAGGCUGGGAUGGACCACCCCACCACGCUGAGGGGAUCUCUGGAGUUUUGGGUCGUAUAGUGUUAGGGGGUUCCCCAGCCUGCUGUUGUCUGUGAAAGAGAUAAGAGCUGCUAAUGAUGAUGAUGAUGGAAGGACGUGAUCCACAAUGCAGAACGCUGAACCCCGGAUCUUCUGGAUGGACGGGAUCUGAGUGAUCCAGCCUGCACUGCUUCAACAUGAUGCUCUCCCCGGACCGUGGAUUAACCUCAGGCUUAUUAUCCGGCUCAGCUUUACCUCUACUUCUUCUCUGGGUCACAGCUGGACUUGUGUCCAUUGUGCAGAGUGACAAAACUAAUGAGCAGCUCACAGAUAGCUCGCUAGAAGGGCUUCUUCAAUAUGAGGUUAUUCAUCCUCAAAGAGUGGAUUCAACUGGACAUUUUAUCUCCAACCUUGUGUCUCAUCGCGUGAGUCGGAUUCGCCGGAGGCAGACGGAGGACAGCGGAGAAAGUCUGCCUCACGUUUUCUACAACCUGCAGUACGGCGGCCAGGAGCUGCAUUUCAAUCUCAGCCUGAACCCUCACCUUUUAGCCCCUGGUUUCCUCACAGAGCGGCGGUACGGUGGUCUCCAGGGAUCCACGCUACAUUCUCAUGGCCAUUCUGUGUGCUACUUUCUCGGGGAAGUGUGGAGCAGUUCAGCCACCAAGGGUCAAGCAGCUGUGAGCACCUGUGACGGCUUGACAGGACUGUUCAAACUCUCGGAAGAGGAAUUCUUCAUCAGACCGUUGGAGCAGCCGCACGGAACAGCAAAGCCUCAGGCCCAUGUGAUCUAUAAGCGGGAUACUUCUCAAACAGACCACCAGCUGGUGCAGCCUUUGUCGUUGGAAAAGCCAUCAAAUGGGACCUGUGGGGUUAAAGAUCCUCGGGGAGGAGUCGUCCGAGUGGAGAGACAGCGGGAGCGCUGGGAGAAACGCCAACACCGCCGAAGACAACGCUCUAUCAGCAGAGAGAAAUGGGUGGAGACGCUGGUGGUGGCUGACCCGAAAAUGGUGGAGUACCACGGCAGGAAUGGAGUGGAGAGCUACGUUCUUUCAGUCAUGAAUAUUGUUGCAGGGUUGUUUCAUGACUCCAGCAUUGGAAACGCCAUCAACAUUGUGGUCGUACGCCUCAUUCUGCUAGAACAGGACGAGGAGGAUCUAAAGAUCACCCACCAUGCAGACAACAGCCUUAACAGCUUCUGCAAAUGGCAGAAACACCUUAACAUGAAAGGAGAUGACCAUCCGGUGCACCAUGACGUGGCAGUCCUUCUUACGAGGAAAGACAUCUGCGCUGCCACCAACAAGCCGUGUGAGACGCUGGGACUCUCUCAUGUGGCGGGAAUGUGCCAACCCCAUCGCAGCUGCAGCAUCAAUGAAGACACAGGUCUACCUCUGGCAUUCACUGUAGCACACGAGCUGGGCCACAAUUUUGGGAUUCAACAUGAUGGUAACGGUAACGACUGUGAGCCAGUAGGGAAAAGGCCAUUCGUCAUGUCUCCACAGCUACUGUACGGGAACUCCCCGCCCAACUGGUCCCGCUGCAGCCGCCAGUACAUCACCCGCUUCCUCGAUCGAGGCUGGGGCUGGUGUCUGGACGAUCCUCCGAGGAGGAAUGAGCUGGCCAAUCAGUCUGUGCUGCCUGGCGUCCUCUACAGCGCCGCCCACCAGUGCCGGCUCCAGUACGGCUCCAGCUCGCUGCUGUGUGACGACGUGGAUGACGUCUGCAGCACUUUGUGGUGCACUGUGGAUUCCACCUGUCACUCAAAGCUGGACGGAGCGGUGGAUGGCACCAAGUGUGGCGAAGGCAAGUGGUGUCUGAGUGGCGAGUGUGUGCCAGUGGGACUCCAGCCGGAGAAAGUGGACGGCGGUUGGGGGCCGUGGAGCGAGUGGUCUCCCUGCACCAGGACCUGCGGAGCAGGAAUACAGAGCGCUCAGAGAGACUGCGACAGUCCAGCGCCGAAGAAUGGAGGGAGAUACUGCCUGGGCGAGCGUCUCAGGUACAAAGUCUGUAAACGGAAGCCAUGCCCUCUGGACCAGCCCAGCUUCAAAUCCAUCCAGUGCAGCAGGUUUAACACCGUGCCUUAUAAGGGCAAGUUCUACAAAUGGGUGCACGUCAAUAACCGAAUUCAUCCGUGUGAGCUACACUGCCGCCCACUAAGCGAGCAUUUCUCGGAGAAGAUGGUGGAUGCAGUGAUUGACGGGACCCAGUGCUACGAGGGUACUCAGAGCCGGGACAUGUGCAUUAAUGGGAUCUGCAAGAAUAUUGGCUGUGAUUAUGAGAUCGACUCGAAUGCGGUUGAGGACCGGUGUGGAGUGUGCCAAGGCAAUGGAUCCACUUGUGAAACUGUGAAGAAGACCUUUGAGGACAGUGAAGGGCUGGGCUAUGUGGAUAUUGGUCUAAUUCCAGAAGGAGCGCGGGACAUCCACAUCGAGGAGGUGGCUGAGGCUGGGAACUUUUUGGCGUUACGGAGCAACGACCCAGAGAAGUAUUUCCUGAAUGGCGGCUGGACCAUCCAGUGGAACGGAGAGUACAAGGCAGCUGGAACAGUGUUCACCUAUGAACGGACUGGCCAGCUGGAGAACCUCACUUCCCCAGGACCAACCAUGGAACCAGUGUGGAUUCAGCUGCUCUUUCAGGAGACCAACCCAGGAGUGAGGUAUGAAUACACUAUCAGCAGAGAAAUCCUGCCGGAGUCCAUCAACGGCACGCCGGCCUGGGAUUUCCAGUGGAAGCAUGGAGCCUGGACAGAGUGCAGCGCCACAUGUGGAACAGGUUUUAAGAGGCAGGUUGUGCACUGUAUCGAGAGGAUGUCUGGGAUUGUGGAGGAGCACUACUGUGAUCCAGCUACUCGUCCAGAUGACAAGCGAGUGCACUGCCGCGCAGAACCGUGUCCAGCCCUAUGGUGGACAGGGGCGUGGCAGAAGUGCUCGUCGACCUGUGGAGAAUGGGGGCUGACUAAGAGGACAGUAGUGUGUAUUCGGAGUUUGGGGUUGGAUGAGCAGGAAGCCCUGCAGCCCUCAGAGUGCCAGCACCUGCCCAGACCUGAGCCGCUGACCCGCUGUAGUGCACACAUACCGUGCCCUGCUGACUGGACCACAGGCAACUGGUCAGAGUGCUCUGCGAGCUGCGCAGGUGGCGUGCAGGUGCGGGAAGUGACGUGCAGCUGGAACACCGGGGUGGACUGCGAUCACCAAGCUAAGCCCGCGUCCAACCUCUCGUGCAACGUUCAGGAAUGCCCUGUGAAUGUAGUAGACCUGGAGUGGUCGGGAAGCGGCUCCUCAAGCAAAGAGGUUUUCAGCGAGACAAACUCAAUACCUGACGACAAUCACUUGCAGAACUUUCCCAUUGGGACAACUAGGGCACAGCCACGUGGCAGCAGUGGUGGCGGUGGUGAUGACCUUAAUAACAUCGCCAAGAAGGACUUCUCGUAUUCCAAUCACAUAGAUUCUGAUAACUCUGUAAAGAACAACGAUCAAGUUGAUGAUUUUUACUACGACUAUAACUUUAUAAAGUUUCACGAGGAUCUCUCAUACGAAUCGUUUGACCAGGCAGGCAAUGGUGCAUCCGAUUUCUCAGGAAUUCACUUACAGCAGCAACCAAAACCCAGUCCUACCACAGUUUACAGGCAAGGAGCAGAUCCUUUCUCAGCUACCUCAUUCACACCCUCCAGUGCUAAUCCUCUAACCUCCCAAUCCGUUACUUCCCCCCCUUCCAGCGUAAAACCGCAGAGUCCUAAUUACAACCAGCCAGAUGGGAAAGCUUCAGAAGAGGAUGGGAUUUUUGAGGACUACUUCCUGCCAAUUGUCACAACAGCCAGGCCACGGCCUUCAUUCAACACCAGACUCUCCAAAAACCUGAUGAACCCAGCAUUCAAAACUCAGGACCACAGCACUGUGGAGAGCCCAUUGCCAACAGAUGAGGUGCCUUCCAAUGGCGUAGGUACUACAUUGAAUGGUGCAGCAAUGCCAAAUGUUCAUACAACACAUGAACCUCAUACAUAUGGUAGUAAUGAAGAAGUAGAUAAUGAAUACUAUGAAGAUGUUCAGACUGAUAGUCCAAUUGACCUGCCUGUAACUCCAAAGGAUCAGGAUUCUAGGGUGCCUGAGGGGGAUAAUGAGCAGUUGGGUGAAGAUGUCCCAGGAGGCGAAAGUUAUUGGGAAAGUCUUCAAGUAGAGGAGGAACCACAAGAGGAACAACCCAACUCCCCUCCUCCAUUUGGUACUGACUUACCGUUUGAUGCUUAUGAAGACAUCACCACCACCACUACUACUACUACUUUUUUCAAAUGGAAUAUGGGUUCAAGUGAGCGACCCAGCACCUCCCCAGGGAUUCAGAAUGAAGAUACUGGUGAAAACUCUGAAGCCUUCGAUGAAUUCUCUCAGGAAUCGCCUACUCCUCCCUCUCCCUCGCCUUCAUAUAAUCCAGCCGAGAAAAGAAGUAGCAUGACUUCAUCUGCUGGACCGGAAUCCCUACCUCAUGCCGAAUCACAUGGUGAUUUGCAGCCUCCCCUGUGGACCUCAACAGAGCUUCAAACCUCCAUCAUGCCAGAUACCCCUGACACCACUAUUCCAGCUGUUACUUCCUGGUCUGAACAGUGGGCAACCGCAGCUCCUUCAGUUAACUGGACAGAGAUUGAUAACAAUGAAAUCAUUGUUCCUCCAGUGCUGUGGGUGGGAAACCCCUCAUCCCCUGACCCCUCACCAACCCAAUCUCAGGUUCCUAGCACUCAGACUCCAGGCUCCAUUGAGCCAGACACGUGUUCCCCACUUCCAUCAACCUCCAGCGCCUUCUGGAGCACCGGAAACUGGAGUGACUGCUCCACCACCUGUGGGCUUGGUGCUAUUUGGAGGUCUGUGCAGUGCAGCACGGGCAACGACUCUGAGUGUGACGUGGCGAAGAGGCCGGCUCCAGCUCGUCGUUGCUACCUACGCCCAUGCUCUGCAUGGAGGCUGGGCCAGUGGACCAAGUGCUCGAAGAACUGCGGCGGAGGCGUGAAGCUCCGCGAGAUCCAGUGCUACGCCCUGCGAGACCAGAGGCCGCUCCGGCCCUUUCACUGCCAGGCCGCCUUACCCAGGCCUCUGAUCCGCCUGCCCUGCAACUCCCAUCCCUGCCUGGACUGGUACUCCUCCUCCUGGGGACAGUGUUCGGAGCUGUGUGGAGGCGGAGAGCAGCAGAGGCUGGUCACCUGCCCGGAGGAUGAGAGGUGCGAUGAGGAGCAGAAGCCUAGCAACAUACAGCCCUGCAAUAUCCAGCCCUGUUCCCAGUGGAUAACCGGAUCCUGGGGUCAGUGUUCGGUGUCCUGCGGCGGAGGGAUGCAGCGCCGGCUGGUCAAGUGUGUCAACAUAAAGGCGGAGCAAGAAGAGGAGGAGAAGGAGGAGGAGGAGGAGGGGAAAGAAGAAGAAGAAGAGCAGGCCCAGUGCGACCAUGAGCCAUGGCCGGAAAACAUGCGCCAGUGUAACCUGCAGGACUGUGACAGCACCACCGCAGGUCAAUUGUGCUUACGUGACCGUCUGACAUUUCGCUUCUGCCAGACCCUCCAGUGGCUCGGCCGAUGUGACCAGGCAGCCGUGCAGGCUCAGUGCUGUAAAACGUGCGAGCAGCAACACCGCGGCAACCACCGCGCCACACACCGCUGAAAUGGAACGAGGCACUGCACAGGUUCCGACGAGGGAGGGACGGGUUUAAACCAGGGAAUUUCUCUCUUUCGUUCAUAUACACAAACUUUUUCACACGCAUGGACGAAAGGCCGAGCCUUUGUAUGUCCGGCCUUUAUGUUGGCUUGUUGUUGCCAUUGAGCAGCUUCAAAAGAGAAGAGGAGUGUUUUGUCCCCGGUGGUUGCUCUGACCGCCUGUUUCUUUACCAACGUCACCAGCUUUAACACGCCGCGCCACAUCACACAUGGGUGAUUUCAGGGACCGUUCCAUUAUCGACUGAAGGAAGCUCAUUCACUGAAAGCAGUUCUAACUUUUCUCACAAUAAAACAGUCCGUCGAUCUCGCUCACGGGAACAAUUUGUCCAGAAUGGCGGCAGUUGAUAAUCCAAGGGCAUUCACGAAUCUCUUUGGUUGCCUGAGAACUGAAUAUAAAAAGAACCUUGCAGUGUCACUGCGCAACUCUGCCAACUUCUUUAUGUGGCCUUCUGUACUUUUUACUUCUGUGCAUUUAAAUUCUGACAAUAGGUCUCUCUGUAGUUUUCGAGUUUCUACUGAACUUAGCAUACAUAUUAGCAUACAGCUAAUAGCAUUAGCAUUCAAGUGUUAACUACAAGAUGAGCUAAAAAAAAAAAAAAAGAAAAGAAAAGCUCAAACAGUGCUUUAUGCUGAUUGCAGUUGUUAAUUGUACAUGAUACUAGCAGAACUACAAAAAGCCUAAGCCUAAGGAAAUGGUGCUGCAGAAAUAACCUGGUGCUACAGGCAGCUUUGUGCCCCCAACUCAGCUAGGAAUGAAUUGGUGGGCCAGUGCCUCUGUCUACUUGAAUUUUGUUCAGACUAUUGGUUGGAUUUGUCUUUUGAAACGUCUAGUAAGCCAGCAGUAUCCUUCAGAAUACAAGAUACAAGGUAAACUAAACUGAUGUGAUGUGAACCAAUCACAAUCAAGGUAUUUGUUCACCUGUCCAGUCUUGAUUAAGAGCUGAGGCAGUCAGAAAAAGGUUCAUCUGGAAAUAGAGGUCUCAGAACCAUUGACGCUGUCCAAUAGAACCAGUUGAAGUCUGUGGGAGGUAUCUGAACCAACAAUAUGGUGGCUAGUACCAGUCAAAAAGAGGGUGAGGCCUCAGAACAAAUGAGGUACUGGUUAGGACCAAUUAGACAUCUCCAAACCACCUCCUAACCUCAGAACCUCCUCUUGACCUCCUCCUAGAAUCUUGGAACAAACAACAAAGUGAUUGGACUAAUCACUGUCUGUGGGUCAGACAACAAAUAAGGUGGUAAAUAGGGUCAAUUGUGGUCAUGCAAAGGAGAAGGAUUGAGAACCAUUUCCUAAACUUAGAACCUUGUUUUGAUCCUCUCUUAAAUAAGAGAUCUUAGAGAAUAACAACAGAGUAUUUAGGACUAAUUAUUGCAAAAAAAAAAAGACACACCAUGGUAAUUAGGGCCAAUCACAAUCAGGAGGCAGUCUUAAAAUGUCACACCUUCUUUUUUUUGUUUUACCAUCAUUGGAAGGUCUUAAAAGGAACAAUCAUGUUUCAAUUACAGUUUGGAGAAGGUGUCUGAAACAUCCAGAAUCAUCUCUUAACUUCAGAACCUUUUUCUGACCUCAGAACCUCUUCUUGACCUCCUCCUGAUUUGGAACAGUUGCAAGCAAACAGUACUGUGAUUAAGACCAAUUACAGAGAGAAGAAAGAUCUUAGAAGAACAAUGACGUGAUUAGGACCAAUCGCAAUCUGUGUCUUAGAACUAAUGAGAUGGUGAUUAGGGCCAAUUCCAGGCAGGGGUUUUGUCCCAGAAGAAACUUCACAGUAUUUUCGGCCCAACCACAGUUAGAAACUCACAUCCUCUAGUUUUAAAGUUAAAUAUUAGAGUAAACUUGGUGUUGAUUAGAUACAAUUACAGGUUCAGAUUACAGGUAGGUGCACUCUGCACCAUAGGAUUUAGAAUCACUGCGUUUUAGACUAAAUUAUAUUAUUCUGCUUUGAAAUGUUGUUCUAAUUUGAAGGAUACUGAUGGCUUUAAGAUGCAUUUAACCUGUAUGUGUAUUAAAUAUCCGUUGUGUCCCUACCAGAGGCUUGGUCUUCCAAAAGCAUCUUAGCAAAAAGAUGAUCAUUCAGGCUCAUUUAUUGUCCCUUUACAGACAAAAAUGAACAAGUCCAUUUCAAAAGUAAAAAAUCCAUUACAUUGGUAUGGAUGUUAAACAAUAUGUCCAUUAGUGGGCAGCUCACAGUCAAAGGUUUUUAACAACAACAAACAUGCCAACAGAAGCAGCGUUCGUGUUCUGCUAUUGGUCACUUUGUCUCUUCGAUUUCCAAUGGUACUCCUCCAUUCUGUCCAUUUUGGGAAGCGCUUAGAGAAUGUGCAAAAAUAUGGAUGAAAAGGAUGCAAAGUAUUUAGCGCUGAGCAUAAAUGAGCCUUUAAUGGUGGAGCGAGCAUCACACCGAUCACUCUCUCUAUCAGUUAAGAUUAUCUGAACACUAAGAUGCUUUUGGAAAGCUGGUUCAUAAAAAAGGUGCCAUACAACAACCAUUACUGGGUCAACAGAUUUUGUAAGGUUUUGUAAAGAACAAUUUUGUAAAGAACGAAGUUGUACUCUUGGUGAGGUUUGUUUGGGCAGAUUUGAAAUCAGUAAUUGCCCUCAGGUAUGAACCAAAACAACCACACUGAGACCCACAAGAUGAGGUGGUCUCUGUCCGGUUUCAAAGGAACUCUGAAGCGGUUUGUUUCUGGUGGUCUUGAUUUUUUACCAUAGCUAUAUACCAAGCCAUGAACCUGCUCUGACCAUUCAGAGGACAUAUUGUGCUUGCAUGGUUUGCUGGGAUUCAAUUUGGAGUGUUUAAGUUUGUGCCUGUGUGAAAACAAACCAAACCAAGUGAAAAAAAGCUCCAAGUAAAUAAACUGAUUGAUUCAAAUCAGAGAAACAAACUUCAGGUGUAAAAACACUCAAAGGUAAGGCUAUUCACAACCCUUACAUUUUAAAGUGUUGGUCUGUUAAAUUGGAAAAUAAUUUUUACCUUACAAAGUUAAUUUGUGUUGUUUGCAAUCUUCAGGUUAUGUGUUAUCCCAUGCUACUUUUAUUUAUAUAUUGGAUAAUAACAGUAUGUACAGUGUAUGUGCCAAGUUUUGCAUAAUGUGUAAGGUAGCUAAAAUGUUUGCAGUUAUAUUGCCAUAUAUAUAAACCACUUUACUUUAGGCUGUUCUAAGUGGCCACUUUAUAAGAACUCCAUACCUUGUUUCUUUUCAGUUCCAUUGUAAAAGAAACAUUAUUGCUUUCAUAAAGAACCAUUUUUCUAUAUUAAUAAUAAUAAUGUUUAAACCUGUCCUGCCAAUGACUGUAGAAAACAUGGAUGCUGUAGUCCCAUUCCCCUCUAUUCUACAGUGGCGUGAAAAAGUAUUUGCCCCCUACAGAUUUCUUUUGUUUUUGCAUUUUUGUCAUACUUACAUUAAAUGAUAAUUUCAUUUAUUAAAAGAAAAAAACUAUUCAAACCAAUAUAGCCGUUUGUUGAAAAGUGUUUGUUUGGAAAGCUGAGUUCAAUUUCACUACUAACCACAACCAGCCCUGAUUACUGCCAGACCUGUAGAAUCAAGAAAUCACUUAAAUAGAACCUGUCUGACAACAUGAAGCAGCUAAAAGAUCUCAAAAAGCAACACUUUAUGCCCCCAAUCUGUAGAAACACAAAACAGAGGAGAAAAAUGUUAUUCACAUCUGUCAAUCUGAAAAAGAUUACAAAGUCAUUUCUAAAGCUUUGGGACUCCAGAGGACCACAGUGAGAGCUAUUAUUCACUAAUAGAGAAAACAGAUGAAUCACUGGUGACUUCAAGCGCAGGCGUACUUGGGUUCUGCAACAGGACAAUGACCCAAAGCACACAAACAAGCCCACCUCUAAAUGGCUUAAAAAAAAUAAAAUAAAAUUUUUGGAGUGGCCUAGUCAAAGACUGAUUGAGAUGCUGUGGAUGAUCUUAAACAGGAGGCUCAUGCUGGAAAAUCCUCCAAAGUGUCUGAAUUAAAACAAUUCUGUAAAGAAGAGUGGAACAAAAUUCCUCCACAGAGAUGUGAAAGACUCGUUGUCAGUUAUUGGUAAAGCUGGAUUGCGGUUGUUGCCAAGUGUGGCACAACCGAGUUAUUAGGUUUAGGUUUAGAUUGGUUUGGACAGUUUUUUUCUUUAAUAAAUAAAAUCAUCAUUUAAAAAGUGCUUUUAGACUGUCCCUGUCCCAGACUGCCUUUAUUGAGCAUACAGUUCAGCUUAAAGGACCACAAGAUACCCAGUUUGUCUAGUGAGUAUGAUGUUUCUACAGUAAAAGUGCAGUUCAUGUAAGUUUUAAACAAAAUGGAAAACAUGUUCUGCAAACAACAGGUUAAAUCCAGCCAAUGAUCACGAAGCGGAGCUACACAUUAUACCUCAACCAGCAGGCUUUACCUUUGCAAGAUACUUUGCUGACCAAGUUUUCUACAGCUAUUGGAUCCAGUUAUAGGUAUAAAAUUACAGACUGUAUCUCUAUCUGACCACAGAACGUCUGUUGGACUAUGUCUAAUUUAAAUGGUGGGCAAUUCUCAAAACAGAAAGGCAUCUACAAGGUACAAGGGUUUCUAAUAAAGUGGCCAACGUCUUCAAUCUUGGGUGUUCUAAUUGAAUUAAAUGGAGAGAAAUGUGGCUAAAGGUGCUGUAAAGGUGUUUUACCACUUGUCCACCAAAGAACUGGAGACAAAUGCCAUUCUCAGCAAAGUCUUGUGCAUAUUUUAUAAUAAGUACUCUUACAUUAGAUAAACGCCAUGUUGGUAUUGUUGGUGUCUUCACGUUUAUAUGUGUCAUUUUUCUACGCUAAGUUUAGAGUGACCUUUCAGCUCCUUCAGUUGGCCUUAUCAGAGAAGAUGGCCUUCAACGUCAUGCUGAGAUCCCCCAAAGAGAGAAGACCUCAGCAUAAAGGAACACUUGGACGUUUAAUGGCUCUCUCUGUAAAUAAGGAUGACGCAUCUACUGAAGGGUUAUACUGUCAGCGUAUGUACCGAUGAUUACCACCUGAUGUAAGUGAAUGAAUUAACGUGUUUAUUUGGGAAGGCUGGAUUGGACAGUCUGCACUGAGAUAUAUAAUUGAGGAUAUAUUAUUGAAGCUGGGCUGAGACCCAUUGAGCUUGCUCUUCUUUCGUUAGUGAAAUGUUAUCAUGCAGUAUGGCUGUUUGGUGCAUGUGCAAUUUACCAUUUAAUGUCGUACUGAGUUCUUUCCAUUCACUUUUUUAAUGUUUAGAUUUUGUUGUAUUUGACUGGGAUGGGGCUGAAACUCAUGCCUGCAGAACAUCCUACUGUUCUUUACUUGUAACACCUUAAAGUUUGUAUCAUGUGGAAUAAAUGGUUCUUAAAAUCAAA